UGGUCGCUCCGCCCUCGGCCCGGAAACACUUUCUUGGGACGAUGGCGGCUGUGUCGGUGUUUCAGCCACCGGUCGGAGGCUUUUCUUUUGAUAAUUGCCGCAGGAAUGCUGUCUUGGAAGCUGAUUUCGCAAAAAAGGGGUUCAAGCUUCCGAAAGCUCGGAAAACUGGCACUACCAUCGCGGGGGUGGUGUAUAAGGAUGGCAUAGUUCUUGGAGCAGACACAAGAGCAACUGAAGGGAUGGUUGUUGCUGACAAGAACUGUUCAAAAAUUCACUUCAUAUCUCCUAAUAUUUAUUGCUGUGGUGCUGGGACAGCUGCAGACACAGACAUGACGACCCAGCUCAUUUCUUCCAACUUGGAGCUCCACUCUCUCACCACUGGCCGCCUUCCGAGAGUUGUUACAGCUAAUCGGAUGUUGAAGCAGAUGCUUUUCCGGUAUCAAGGUUACAUUGGAGCAGCCCUAGUUUUGGGGGGAGUAGAUGUUACUGGACCUCAUCUCUACAGCAUCUAUCCUCAUGGAUCAACUGAUAAAUUGCCUUAUGUCACUAUGGGUUCUGGUUCCUUGGCAGCAAUGGCUGUGUUUGAAGAUAAGUUUAGGCCAGAUAUGGAGGAGGAGGAAGCCAAGAAGCUGGUGAGUGAGGCUAUUGCAGCUGGCAUCUUUAAUGACUUGGGAUCUGGAAGCAACAUUGAUCUAUGUGUUAUCAGCAAGAGCAAGCUGGACUUUCUUCGUCCAUACUCAGUGCCCAACAAGAAAGGGACCAGAUCUUUCUGGAGUGUUAGUGUGGUCCUCUGA